CGUUACACCGUGCGCCGUGCCCCUCGCACAGUAGUCUCCCGUCUCUCCCGAGAUAUUCCGAAGGUAUCCCGCCCUUCCAGCGAGACCUACGUCGCACGUCACCGCUCGCCACCUCGAAACCGGGGCUUCGAGCACCAGCUUUGAGCGACCACCACCAACGUCUACCGGGGACAACCCGUGUUGAAAGCAUCUGUCGACGGGUGUACAUCGGCGGAACGGUAGUGUCCGGGGUGACCGACGACGACGACGUCGACGAUUCUGAUCCUUGCAUCGGUGCAUCCUGCGCCUUCAUCUUUCGCGCCUCCGCAUCGGAUCGCAGGUCGUCGCGACGUCGAGAUACGUCCCGACGCGCGAGAAUACGUGGCAGAGAGACUCGGUAAUAAUACUUGACAAGAAUAUGGGCGAAAAGACGUUCAACCUUACGUGGAACAAUCACCUGGCAAAUCUGUCGGGACUGUUCGAGGCCCUUUACAGGAGUGGUUCCUUGACAGACGCGACUUUAGCUUGCCAGGGCGGCAUGCUACGAGCCCACAGACUGGUCCUGGCAGCGUGUAGCCCUUACUUCGAAAGAGUUUUCAAAGAGCACUACACAGAGCAACCCAUUCUCAUUUUGAAAGGCGUUGCCGUGGAAGAGAUGGAAUGCCUCUUGGACUUUAUGUACAAGGGAUCCAUCGACGUAGCGGAGGAGAAUCUACCGUCCUUGAUAAAGACCGCGACGGAUCUGGAGAUUCGUGGGCUCUCCGGUGACCAGAAGACCCAGGAGAACAGGAGUAACAUCUACACCAGGGUCGAGACGCGAACGCAACGGUGUCACAUCGAGACCAGAGAGAUACACACCACCGAGUACAUAAAAGACCCGUCGAUCAUUCCGUUUCUACCGAAGCACUCGUCCGUCGAUUCGAUGGAGGAUCACAUUAAGGUAGAGGAGAUUGAGGUGGAGGACGAUCCGAUGGUGAUCGACGGCCACGAGGACAGCUUCGACGAGCUUCCGCGGUCACCGGAAACGCAGAUUAAACGUAUACCGCCUCCAAUGUACAAGCGGGAAACUAGAUUCAAGGGGCAGAAGAGGGUUUCCGUGGGCCGCAUGACGCGGCACAGCGACCCUUCAGAAUUGAAGUCAAAGGAUUCGUCGCGAGAGUCGAACUAUGAGGAUCCCGCGAGGGUCGGCAAAUUCAAUGAUGCAUCUGCAAAUGUCACACUAUCUGGCGCACAGGAAACCUCAAGACCCUUGAGCGAACCGUCGAAAGUAGGACUGAAAAAGAAACUCGAGAUGAAGAGAGUUGCCGAGGGGAAAGAGGCAAGAAUCAGCAAAUCCGAAAAGGCACAGAACAAGCCAUUUUCCUGCGAUCUUUGCACCCUGGCCUUCACGAGGGCAUCCCACUUAGCGAGGCAUAGAAGGGUACACACGGGCGAGAGACCGUUCGUCUGCAGUAUCUGCUCGCGAAAGUUCGCUAGGCAGGACAAACUGAAGCAGCAUCAAGACUCGCAUUCGCAGUGGCCGAGGAAAAAGGGUAACCAGAUGGAACCCACGUUUAUCGGAAAAGUCAAGCGCGGUAGACCGCGAAAGCAUUACUUGGAGCAAACCGCAAUAGAGGAAUUUCUGAAGUUCGGCGAGUUCAGCUCGCUGUUGGACAAGUCGCACUCCGCGAACUCGACGAGCAAGAGCGAGGACUCCGGGAACGCCGAGAGCGAUAGCAAGAGUAAAGAAGCGUACCGAGAGGAGGACGAGGCUCACAAGGACAAGGACAAUCGCGGUUGCCAGGUCGAGAAUGGCCAGGACAUCGUUUAAUAGAAUUACCCCCUGCAACCGGAUUGAAGAUAUUCGUAAAACAUAUUUUUCUAUGCACAGCCGUGUAAUAUGGAGAUCAAUGCCGUAAGGAAAGAAGAAACCUGUCGAGCUUCCCCCGAAAGGUCAUGGUACCCUUUUCCUGGGUCUGUUUCAACGCGAUAUAAUAGGGUUUAUAAUAUCCUUUUACUCGCGUCGCUUUUACUGUGAGUCGUUUAACGUAAGUACCUGAGAUAUCGACUACUAACGUUAAUACCAAAGCGCACAUGGCUCGAAAGAGUCGAAAGAGUCGGCACGCGCGAUAAUCGAGGAGGAGUCAAUCGUUACAUCGACCGGCACGUCGUUAUCGAUCGGUAUCAUUAAUGUUAAAUGAUGAGAAUAGUAAAGGGAUACCUGCGCUACUCGACCAAAUAAUAUACGCGUGAAGAAUGCGGCCUGACUUUCACUGUAGGCAAUCCUAAUUUCUCGAUCGGGCUUGAGUGAACCUGAGUGUUGUUGCUCGACGUCACGACAGCACAGAUCAUAUUUUGCGAUGACACGAUAUUAUAAUUUCCGAUGAGACGAUUUGCAUUUGCCAGUUGAUUACCAAACUCGGUUCAACGAUAAUGUGGAACGGCGCACGAAUGACAGUACUUUAACGUAAGGUUUUGCACGCUUUAUAAUUACUCGAAAGCGGGUAAACGUAGUAAUAGUAAAAUAGUAUACGGUGCAGUACAGCAACAACGUUCUGAUACAGUGUGAGUCAUGCCUACGUAGUACUAUUUUGUCAUAUGUGCGAUUAUAAUUAACGUCAAGUACAAAUAUCUAAAUAUUAGAUUAUGCAUACGACACUCUGUUACGCGUACUGCCAUACAGCGUAAAUUAACGAUGUGCGAGUAUUCUACACUCGAACUUUUUCAGCCGAUUCGGAUCCUCUUUCAGCUGGUUUAAACUCGAGAUUAGAAUUCGAAUAAAUCAUUAUUUUGCAUACUUUCACAUAUAUGGAUAUUUGAAAAAUUGUAAAUGAAAUACUUUAUAUUGAGUAAUUUCGGGAAAAUGCGAGUAAUCCAAGAAAUAUAAUAUAUCGAAUUUAGUCGAAUUAAUUAAACUCAUCAGUUACUCGAGUCCGGCCCAAAUUCGACGAAAAUCGGAUCCAAGUCGACUUGAACUUCGCAAAUAUCCGCACAUCAGCUAGCAUAAAUGAAUAGGCCUAGGGUUCCUUUUACGGUUUAUUUAAAGAUUCGAGUAGCGUAUUUUUUCUUUUGUGAUAGAUUUUAUAAUUUGUACAAUGCCGACGACAUUGAUCAUGAUAAUGAUUCUUGUUUUAUCACAGACACUCGCGCGGAUCAGAGAUUUUAAAGGUAUAUUCUGAAAUUCUUUCGUCGCGUACCGACGAAGACUCGUGUAGUGUCAAUGUCCUUAUGAUUGAUUAUUAUUGUUGUUUAAUUGGUUGUUGUUGUACAAGUCGCGUUUUGUUUCGUUGAAUAGCUGUUGCUCGCUCUCACGGACGCUGUUUAAAGUUCGUGACCGUGUAUCUUUUUCCGUGGCAACGUGCAAUUCUUUUAUUCGUGAUAUUACAUUCUGGUCGCUGAUUACACUCGCCACUCGGGCGAGCGGCAAGGUGCGAAAGGUUCAUAUCUCACAUUCUAUAUAGUGUGUAGCGUGUGUAAAUAAAAAUUUUCAAGCGAAA